GCCCAGACUGACAUUGCCCCCGGAUGCUUACAAACAUCUACCUUCAAGAGAACAUCAAACAAAACCCAACAUACGCUACGUAGAAAACAUAAGACUCAAAAUCGUAUAACAAAAAUGAUGAUUUUAAAUUGUAAGCAUUCCUGAUAAGCGAGAGAAAACCAUUUAUUAGUCUGCAAGGAUCCAACUUUAAACAUAUUUAGUUGGUCUAUCGAAGAGGCUGCCCGUGUGUGUCAGAAGUUCUUUAUAUUCAAUAUUAGUCAUCGUGAAUUUUUAUAGUACACAACUAAUUUGGAAGGUACAUGCUUGUGUGAAUUAAAUAUGAGGAAUAUAUUAAUGGUUUGUGCCAUUUGUUUGGUGUUGGCUGUUGGAAACGCUCUACCCAACAACAGGGGAGUCGGUGCCUUCGCGUAUCAAGAUUCAUCAGGCAAUAGGUACGGCGGUACAUACGGCCUGAAAGACGGGGCUGUCGUCGACAAACAAGGCGACUUUCCUCCAAAUUUCCAACCCGAGUCCUUCCAAGACUUGGAUUAUUUCUUCCCUGAAUAUUUUAGAAACUUCGAAAACCUGUUACGAGAGGCGUUCAGCUCGAACAUCGAGGCCCAAAGGCUGGCGUUCGAAGCCGCUCAAAAAGCGUUCGAUUUGACAUCGAACCAGGCUGGUUAUAUUCCCGGUUUUGACAGGUUCCCGAUAUUUAAUUUCCCAUCGCCCGGAUUCACCGACGAACAGUUCCCCGCGAUGCAGAACUAUCCGAAUCAGUUCGGCGCGUUCGCCGGAGCCGCGGCUGGCCCGGGUUUCAGUCACCAAGUUGCUUCCAUUAAUCCCCCUAAUCCGAACAUGCCCAAUGUGAACAAGUACACGAGCUAUUCAGGUGCUCAGCCAAAUGACGGUAAUCAAUUCGUCAGUGUCUCGUCUUCUUCGUACUCCUCGUCUGUGAACGACAACGGAGAGGUCAAGAAUCACAGAGCUGCAGAAACAGUUGUCAAUAACAACGGAAAAGUCACCAAGUAUAAAGUCGAAAACUAAACUAAUAAGAUCUCAAAUAAAAUUAAAUUUCUAUACGCAAUUUUCAGCGAUCCACGUUAAUUUUCAAAUGUUCGCAUAAUAAAAUCUCUAAUACCAGCUUGAUUACAUUUUGGUCUUUAAAGUUUUCAAAAAUUAUGGCUAAACAUUUUCUAAUAUCCAAUUUUAUUCAAUAUAAUAUUUAAUUAUAAAAUGACACGUUCGAAUAUUUUUUUAACUGAUCGUUUGGAUUUGAGAACCCAAAGCUGAAAAUUGAUUUAUAGGAAUGAGAUAAGAACUAAUAAUGUUAAACUAUGAAAAAACUAUAACGAUUUAAACGACCUUAACGCUGUUGUUGUUGUCAAAAUCUCGGCCGAAUUAAAGUAUUUUUGUUAUCUAUUUCAAAUUGGUAAAAUAUAAUGUAAUUAAAUAUUUUGA